AUGAGAAUGAUCAAUUAUCUAAAGUUUCUUUAAAUAUUUAAUAUUUAGAUCAUUUUAAAUUUUUAUUAAUAAAACUAGAAAUUAUUUCCUUACAAUUCCCUCUAAGAUAAUUCCUGGUUGUUUAUCCUCUAGAAAUUCGCUUGUCUUUUGAAAACUUCAUAAAUAGAUCUGGUAACGGAACCAAGAGCUAUAUAUUAGAGCAAACUUCAAGUUCAAACAUUUCUUUCUGGGGAAUCUGUUUACUUUUGAGAUAAUAAAUUUGACCUGGCUAACUAAGUUUAUUCUCUUAAUCCCUUAAUUUGAGAUCAUUCCUAUUUGAAAAAGCGCAUUCACUGAUUCGAAAGUAAGGAAAUUUAUUAAUUAUCUAUAAUUUUAGUCUAUCAUCUCUUUCACAGGGUAUAAUUUAUUUCUCUUUUACCUUCUAAUAUGACGCUAAUUAUUAGCCUUUAGAUUGAUACUACACUUGAUGAUAGUUUCAAUAUUAAAAAAGAAAAAGUAUUUAAUGGUUUAUGUUUCAAUUACAAAUUAUAUUAUCUUUU